GCACAGAAUAUUACCCUCUCGGGCUGAUCCACGACCCGUACGGAAGCGUAGUGUUCGUAACAACGUAGCACGUACCUAUAUAUAUAAACGGAAAAGUAGAUUUCACUCUGUACAGUAUCUUCGUUUGUACCAAACUGUUCGCGCUCUGGGGCACAGACCAAAUGUAUUGGAACGCAGUGUUUCUAAUGGCCUGGUCUUUGGCCACGGUCACCGCUAUUUUGGAUUCUACCACGAAUCGACGUUACUGGGAGGACACGAAACCCGAAGAAGCGGCUCGCUAUCAAAAUGACAACAUGCUGAAAACAUACGUGUUCAGAGGAGGAAAUAAACAAUUCGUCACUUCCGUAUUUCCAGAAAUGGAUGCCAGAGGAUUUCAUGAAUAUGUUUUUGAUGGACUACAGCCGGAUUUUCAGUGGCCGUCAAUCAAGUUUAAAAGGAACUAUUAUCCGCAAGGAAUUACGUCUCGAGGGUUCAGCGAUGAUAUUUUUCACCAAAGCUUUGGAAUGUUUGAGCCUUUAAAAAGGUCGGUGUCGAGAACGUCAUCGCCAUCCGUGGUAAACUUGUUGCGGCGCCUGUACCCGAACACCGGCGAUGGUGGCGGCGGCAUCAGACUGCGCCAGCCGGAGCUGGCACAGAGAUCGGUGGCGGCCAAGCGCCGGCCCGAGAUGGACGCCAACGGAUUCCACGGCGAUUCGUUCACCGGCGGUUUCGACCGGUUCGACACGAUGAAGCGCAGGCCCGAAAUGGACGAGACCGGUUUCGAGGGCGACUCGUUCACCGGUUUCGGCGGGUUCGAGACCAUGAAGAGGGACAACGGCGACGACAAGAACGCAGUGCACUCGGCGGCCCGGCCCAAGUCGUCCGCGCACGCCGGUCGGUUGUUCGGCGCGCGACAGGAGUAACUACGGCAGCAGCAGCAGCACCACCAUUCCACCACAGCCACUAUAUAUACCACAGUCACACACAGCAGGAGAACCCGUCGUCGUUGCAGUCGCCAUCGCCUCCGCCGUCGUCGUCGACAUCGCGUCGACGUUUUUUAAUAUUAUAAUAUAAUAAAAAAUUUUAAAAAUACGAAAAUAUAAUAUACGUAUUUAUAGCCAGUAGAAAUUGGAUUCAUAAUAUAUUAUUAUAUAUACACAUACAUGAGAUAAUAAUAUAUAGAUAGAGACUUAUAAUAUUGCCGUAGGUGGAAAUCGUGUACUUACAGUUAUCGCGGAAAUGUCUAGAUAAACUUUUCCUGGAAAAAAAAUAACGUUUACGAUUUCGUAAAAAUAGUUGGGAUUUUUUUUUUAAUACGCUUAUAUUAUACGUACCUAUUUUUUAGUCCCCUCGUGCAUCGUCAUAAUGUCAAUCAGUCAAAAUAUUAACCACUUUUAUAGUAAACAGUUUUCCUGCAUUUAUAUGGACAAUGUGUGUAUGAAAAAAAAAUAUUAAAAAAAAAUUUCAAUCGUCAAGGGCUUGCUAGAUUUUAGGGAAAUCUACACAUCCACCCUUCCACGAUUUCCGCCGUUGCUUAUUACUUUCAUAAUCAUUAUUCAUUAUCAUUAUUAUAAUUGCGAUUGAUUGAAAGAAACUAUGGACGAUCGGUGUGCUAUACGUGCGAUGUUAAAACUAUAUAAAUAUUAUACACAUAAGUCACAUAGAUGUGUAUAAUGUGUCGAUAACUACAUUAUUAUAUUAAACUAAUUUCUGUUCUAAAUUAUAAUCUGAAAUAAAUGAGAUAUGUAAACAUA